CUUUUGUUAUUUGAUUUGUGAUUUUUAUAAUCUUCCUUUAAUUUUCGAUUUUUUCAAGUAUCAAUUAUAUUAUUAUAGUAAAUAUGAAGACCCAAACUUUUAUUACUUUAGCUUUUGCUACUUCUGCUUUAGCCAAUGUCAUUGAUAGAUUCAAUGUUAAUCAAGAUGAUAUUAUCAUUGGUAAUGAUUUCCAAGGAUUUGAAGUUCUUAACCUUAAAGAGAAUGAUGAACAAAUCUUAAAGAAAACCACUGCUGAAGAAUCCUCCACUACUACUCAUAAGAAAGAAGCUGCUACUUCAACUGUUGAAAGUUCUACUACUAAGACUCAUAAAAAAGAAGCUUCUUCAACUUCAUCUUCAGGUAAGAAGCAUAAAUCUGAAACUCAUUCCAUCACCAAAACUAAUGAUGGUAUGCAACUCGAUGGUGCUGGUGCCUUUAUUGCAGGUCCAAUUGCUAUUAUUGCUGGAUUACUUCUUUAAGCAAGGAUUGGUUUUAUAAAUUUAGUUUGUAAUUAUGGUCUAUAACGUUUAAUAUUUAAAAUAAUAUACAGAAAAAGCUUGUUUUACUGU